AUGGAACGCAUCUCCUCCAUCGUGAAGCACCUGAACCCGGGCUCGGCCCUGAACCAGAUCCAGGCCAAGAACCCCGAUGAUGUGGUCAUCACCCUCGCUGCGCGUACACCCCUGACCAAGGCUCGCAAAGGUGGUUUCAAGGACACAUCGCUCGAGUACAUAAUCUUUGCGCUCCUCGACCAGGUUCGCGAGCGCUCCAACCUCGACCCGGCUCUCGUGGAGGACAUUCGCAUGGGCAAUGUCUCCGACGGCAAGGCCGCUUACAAGCUCCGCGCCGCGGCCCUCGCCGCCGGCUUCCCCAACACAUCGGCGGCGUCGUCGGUGAACCGGUUCUGCUCGUCAGGCCUGCAGGCGACGGCGGACAUUGCGCACGCCAUUGCGCAGGGGUCGAUCGCCGUGGGCAUCGCGAUGGGCGCCGAGUCCAUGUCGAUCGGCGGCGACGCGCUCGACCAGCCGUUCGACGAGGCCGUGACGUCGCGCUCGCAGGAGUCGGCCGACUGCAUGCAGCCGAUGGGCUGGACGUCGGAGAACGUGGCGCGCGACUUUGGCGUGACGCGCGAGCAGAUGGACGCAUUUGCCGCCGAGUCGUUCCAGCGCGCCGAGCGCGCGCAAAAGGAGGGCCUCACGGCCGACGAGAUUGUGCCCAUCACGACCAAGGUCAAGGCCGCCGACGGCACCGAGCAGACGGUCACGCUGACGCGCGACGAGGGCAUCCGCCCCGGCACGACGGCCGCGUCCCUCGCCAAGGUCCGCGCCGCCUUCCCCCAGUGGGGCGAGACGUCGACCGGCGGCAACUCGAGCCAGGUCACCGACGGCGCCGCCGCCCUCGUCCUCAUGAAGCGCUCGACGGCCGUCGCACUCGGCCAGCCCAUCCUCGCCAAGUACGUCGCCUCGACCGUCGCCGGCCUCGCGCCCCGCAUCAUGGGCAUUGGCCCUUCGAUCGCCAUCCCCAAGCUGCUGAGCCAGGUCGGCGUCUCGGCCGCCGAUGUCGACGUCUUCGAGGUCAACGAGGCCUUUGCCUCCAUGGCCGUCUACUGCCGCGACAAGCUCGAGCUCGACUGGGCCAAGAUGAACCCCCGCGGCGGCGCCAUUGCCCUCGGCCACCCCCUCGGCGCCACCGGCGCCCGCCAGGUCGUCACCGGCCUCAGCGAGCUGCGCAGACGCAAGGGCAAGGUCCUCGUCGUGAGCAUGUGCAUCGGCACCGGCAUGGGCAUGGCCGGCAUGUUCGUCAACGAGGUCUUGUAA